AUGAUAUCUAGUGAAGCAGUGGAUGCUGAAACUAGCAAUACUAGCAAAAUUAUUAAAUUAGAAAGUCAAAUAGACGAAAUGUGUAAAACAAUUCAAGAUUAUCGUGAAGAAAAUAUAAACUCAACCAAAGCUGAAUUCCAGACAAUGUCGGAAAGAAUGGGAUCCAUACAAGCAUUAACGAUGUCACGUUUUGACGAAUCUACAAGUGAAUAUGGAGAAAAUAAACGACAAUGGUGUCGUAUGUAUGCUGAUAUGAAUACUACUAUGAAUUGUAUCCUGGAUAAAUUAGAUGAUAUUACAGGGCCAAGAAUUAGUUUAACGAACACGGAUGCCAACUUGGGACGUUCUAUGCCUACAACGACCCAUAUCUCGACCCCCAGGUCAGGACAUACCUUGCAAACAAAUUUAUAUCCAACGGAGACUGAAGUAGUGCAGGAAACAAUUGCACAAAAUGCAUUUCGUUUGAACGGUGUGAAACAUUCAAUCAUAGUACCACCAUCUUCAGCAGCUCCUGAAUUUCAUGGAAAACAUUCAGAAAGUCCAACACAAUUCUUAAUUCGUGUCCAAGAAUAUGCCCACUCCGUACACGCAUGGGACCGACCAACUUUACUUAACGGUAUUUCGCAAUUUCUACGAGACUCAGCCUUAGAAUGGUAUUGUCAACUACGUAUAUCAGAUCGUCGACCACAGACGUGGGCUAGAGUCCAGCGGUUCCAAAAAAUUUGGAACCGAGAACCGAACCGGAUCCGAAAAUUUUCAUUUUCUUAG